AUAUGCAAAUGUUUAAACAUGGAAUGUAAAGUGCAUAGAUUCCGUUUGUAUAACUACAACCCGCGUGCUGUACAAUGCAUUGCAGUUUCGGAUAAUUCACAACUAGCAGUUGGACGCUCAGAUGGAAGCAUUGAGAUCUGGUGCACUGAAGAAUGCUGGUUUCAAAAAAUGGUGAUUCCUGGUUCUGAGAACGGUUCCGUAGAAUCUCUUCUGUGGUUGGGAAACCGAUUGAUUUCAGCGGGGCUCCAUGGGAAUGUUGUGGAGUAUGAUCUUACAAGUGGAACUGUCAAAAUUUUAGUUGAUAGUUUUGGAGGUGCAGUUUGGUGCUUAGGUCUCUCUCCAACACAUACUCACAUUGCGGCUGGAUGUGAGGAUGGUAGCAUCAAAAUGCUUGAAACCUCAAACAAAAGUCUCUCAUUCGAGCGUUCUUUUGACAAACAAGAAGGUCGUAUUAUGUGUAUGGCGUGGCAUGAAAGUGGUGAUGUCAUCGUAACUGGUUCCGUGGAUGUAAUUCGACUGUGGAGCAUCAAAACAGGUCACGCUGUGCAAAGAAUUACUUUGGAACGAGAUAUGAAGAAAGUUGAAACGAUUGUGUGGGAUGUUCUAGUUCUCAGUGAUUACACCGUAGUAAGUGGAGAUUCUUUUGGGCGCAUUCAGUUUUGGAAUGGAAAGCAUGGAACGCUUCUACAGUCACUUCAUGUCCAUCGUGCCGACGUGUUAACUUUAUGCCGCGGCACCACGGAGUCAUCAAUAUAUGCGGCGGGCGUCGACCCCAGAGUGUUGUCAUUUAAAUUAACCAACUCCGAGGACCCCACUUCGUGGGUGAAAGGUCCCAUGCUACAGAAACACACACAUGAUGUUCGUUCUCUCGCGCUUGUCAAUGACUUAAUUGUAUCAGGGGGUGUCGAUACCAAUCUUAUGGUGAAUUCUGUUUCAAGAAAAAAAGAUAAAUUUAAACGAAUUUACUCAUUUCCAUCUUAUCAAACUGUAUCCGUUGCUCAAGCUGCCAACUUAGUCUUACUUCAAUAUUCAACUUAUUUAGAAGUUUGGAAAAUGGGAACUUCUGUUGAUAAUACAGAAACCAAAUCCAAGGUACUUCCACUUGAAGAACAACCUUUAAAGAUGGUUCAGCUAAAAGUGCCAACUUCGAGUGUUGAUCACAUAAAGUGUUCGUCCAUCUCAUCCUGUGGUCACUGGAUUGCUUACUCUACAACUUCAACAUUUAGACUUUAUCACCUAACUUAUAAACAUGAGGAAUCUAACAUACAAGUUCAAAAGGUUCGUUGCAGUGGCCUUUCACCUUCUCAUGUGAUCAGAUUUUCACAGGACUCCAAUAUCAUGAUCACGGCUUCUACAAACCACAAAGUAAUGAUCACGAAACUUGACUCAUCUGCCCAUACUGCCAACCUUGUACACAGCCAUUCUCUAAAAUGCUACACUUCUCCCACUUUGUUACUGAGCAUAUCGAACGAUUCAACUCAUUUUGCCGUCGCUAACUUGGAAGGACAAGUUGACGUUUUUAAUGCAAAGAACAUGACACAUGUAUGUUCCCUACCACGAUACACACGAAUACCAACUGCAAUAUCUUUUCAUCCCAAAACUAACGAUGUGGUCGUAGUGUAUGAUGACUUACAGAUAUUUGAAUUCAGCAUUAAAUCAGCCGCCUACACACCAUGGACUCGUGGUAUAUUAUCAGCCAAUUCAAAAGAGAAAUAUCUUGCUCGUAUACAUAAAGCUGUAAUGCGAAAGCACUCUAAUAUAGCUGUGGUGAACAACAUAUUACAUGUAUGUGAACCAGACAAAGAUAUCAUCAUGUGUGUUUCAAGAGAAGGCAUGUUCAUUAUAGAAAAGCCAUCUAGGAAAAAAGGAGGAGACAAGUCCAGGUUUUGUCAUCAAUUCAUGCCGUUACUGCAUUGUGACAUCAUGGACGACUCAACAAUGCUUGUUGUAGAGCGCCCCCUACAGGAUAUCUGGGACCAGUUACCGGCAACUUUGUAUCAGAAAAAAUUUGGAACUUAAAUAAAGUGCUUUGUUUUACCAAACUAGUUUUAGUCGUCAGCAAAUUAAAGGUUUUUACAGAAAGUGUUAACAUCA